GUAGCUUUACUGGAGCCGCUGCUCUCCCGACUGCUGUACUGGCGCUUUGACCAAAUGGCCUAUCAGUUCCUGGGAGAGGAGGUGGGCGUAGCUGAAGUACUGUCAGACUCUGCUAUCUGGCUGCUGAGGAUUGACUUGAUACUGGAGUUCCCGCGCCCUCUCAUGCCUAAUAUGGUACUAGUUGGUGGCAUCAACUGCAAUGUGAGAAAUCCUCUGCCUGAGGAUUUGGAGUCCUGGGUGUCAGGAGAGUUUGGGUUUGUGGUGUUCACUCUGGGCACUAUGGUGUCAGAUCUGCCAGAGGAGAAGACCUCCAUCUUCCUAGAGGCCUUCAGACAGAUUCCACAGAAGGUGAUAUGGAGAUACACUGGGCAGGUUCCUGACAAUGUCCCAGAAAAUGUGAAGAUGAUGGGAUGGGUGCCUCAGAACGACCUACUAGCACAUCCUGGAGCUCGGGCUUUCAUCACUCACGCUGGUUCACACGGUAUCUUUGAGGGACUGUGUCAUGCUGUUCCCAUGGUGAUGAU